CACACUGCUUCCCACAACGGUCUCACAUUAAACUGUAAAAUGUGUAAAAUGACAGUUAUGUGAGAGGCCUUUAUUCGGCCUCAUCACUCGGCCUAAAGUCUUUUCUCAGAUUACCAAAUGUAGGUUGAAUACUUUUUAGGUGUGAUGCACCUGUCCAGCCCUAAAUGUCUAUGGGCCAGCUGGAAUGUAGCUUAUUAUAAUAAAGGAAUAAUAUUUAAAUCACAAUCAUUAUGUCAUGCCAGAUAAUGUUGAACUGUCAUUUUAUAUAUUUUAUGGUUUUGUGUCGUCAAAGAUCACAAGUCACCUAAAGCAUAUCAAUAUAAAGAACAAAAGUGUUUCAGUGUUCUGGUAUUUGAAUCUCUCCACAUAGCCUACAUAUGAGACCCCAAUUUAAGACACUAAAUCAGAUUCCUCUCCACAGCUCCUUACAGUGGGGACAUUUACGAGUGGAAACUGAAUUUGUUAAACGUGCAGUCUAAGCAGAGUGCGUGUGCACCGCCCGGAUAAAUAUAGCCCAAUGCUUUAUUUGGUCAUUGGUCAAGUUAGAGCUUACUUUUUGGGCUGCGCCUGUUUCUUGCAACAGAACAGACUAGGCCUAUAGUAAAUUAGAUUCCCUUAAAUUUAAUUGUCUAACUAUUCUACCAUCAACCUGAAGUAUUUUCUAAUAAUGAGAUAUUUACUCAUUAAAUCCACUUUUAGACCAUUAGUAUUUUCGCAAGAUUCUUCUUCUCUCUUAUUAAUGUACUUUGUUUGUUGUUUUGAGGUACAUUUAGUUAAACUCCUACUCUACGGUAUAAUUUGGCUUCAUGCAGGGAAGAACUUGAAAUCGGGAAAUGCUCCAUAAAAGGAGAACUGUCGCUUCAUGCAUGACACCGGGAGCUGCAUUCAGGGGCUGAAAACAAUAUGUAUAAAAUACCUAGGUUUGUCGUGUUAUGAUAAUCCUAGGCUAAAUAAAUAUGGAAACACUUGCCUUGCUAAUGUUAACUUCUUCAUUAUUGAAGGGUGAUUAUCAAAUGAGAUGUGACAUUCAGUUGACAAUUGAUUCCCAUGCAUUGAAAGUGUCUAUAGGGUAGCCUACAUCUCAAUAGACUAAAGGGACUCCCUAUGCUCAUCUCCUUUCCUUUAGGCUGUCAUUGUAAAUAAUUAAUUUGUUCUUAACUGAUUUGCCUAGUUAAAUAAAUACAAAUAAUCUGCACUGAUAUGAAAGAGUUAAACUGGUAAAAAUAUAUACAUUCCUGGUUGGCAUUCACCUAUCCCACGUUUUCAUAUCACCUCAAAUGAAGGAAAGGAGAUCAGGAAAAAACGAAUUUGUUGAACUCCUUGAGUAAGAUUCUACAAAUGCAUAAAGGCCUCUUGGUACUCUAGGAAUUAUACAGUCUGAAUAUCUUUUCAACCUAUGUGUACUGUCUAGAUAAUACCGGCAGAUGGUGCUAUACAUCGGUGCAAGGUCCCUUAGUCAACGCUUGUAGUAGCUGGGCGUGCCGUUAUCAUUACAGUACGUCUACCACAGAUAAACUUUUUAUUAUGACCAAAUGUUGGUUAAUAUUACGAAAACAAGAAACUAAAAAUAAAUUAUACUUCCCGUAUAUUUUCGUUUGUAGCCUUGAAAAGGUUAUGAAAGCAUGGUUACUUCCGGUGUUAACGUUCAGUUAUUGCUGUGUGCGCUCCUCACAGACGACUCGAGUACCGUGGGCAGCCUCCCUCCAGGUACAUUCCAGGGCGUUGUAGCGCUCCGUUUCCAUUUCAAGGAAAGUGUUAACGUAGUUUUCUUUGAAAUAAUGACCGGUUUAACAUCACUGGAGGCCAUUAAACGGAAAAUAAAAACCCUGCAACAGCAGGCAGACGGUGCUGAAGAGAGAGCUGAAAGACUACAGAGAGAAUUGGGCUUGGAGAGGAAAAUCAGAGAAUCCGCUGAGGCCGAUGUCGCUUCCCUUAACAGACGUAUCCAGCUAGUUGAGGAGGAGUUGGAUCGUGCUCAGGAGCGUCUGGCAACUGCCCUGACCAAGCUGGAGGAGGCUGAGAAGGCGGCUGACGAGUCCGAGAGAGGCAUGAAGGUCAUUGAGAACAGGGCCUCCAAGGAUGAGGAGAAGAUGGAGCUGCAGGAUAUCCAGCUGAAGGAGGCCAAGCACAUCGCUGAGGAGGCUGACCGCAAAUAUGAGGAGGUUGCCCGUAAGCUGGUCAUCAUUGAGAGUGAUCUGGAACGUACAGAAGAGCGCGCCGAGCUUUCAGAAGGACGGAUUCGAAGAGCGGAGGACGAGCUAAGAGUUUUGGAACAAAGCUUAAAAUCACUUACAGCUUCCGAGGCAAAGUACUCACAGAAGGAGGACAAGUACGAGGAGGAGAUCAAGGUCCUCACUGACAAGCUGAAGGAGGCUGAGACUCGUGCUGAGUUCGCUGAGAGAUCAGUAGCCAAACUUGAGAAGACCAUCGACGACUUGGAAGAGAAACUGGCACAUGCUAAAGAAGAGAACCUCGAUAUGCACCAGAUGCUGGACCAGACUCUAAUGGAACUAAAUAACAUGUGAAAGCCUGGUUUCCACACUGGUUUGGGCUUUCUGUAUUUGCACCUCGCAUGCCAUGAACCCUCCUUCCAUUCCAUGCCCAUGUUGAGGAACACAAACUGAUGCUUUUCCUUUUGCACCAUCCUGCUUUCAGUGGAACUCAACAAGGAAGAUACAGCAUUUCCUUAAUGAAACCCAAAGUGAGAAACACUUCUAUUUUUGCCAGCUGAUUGUAUAAUGUCGGCAUUUUGUAGUCAUUGAGUUUCGUUUAUUUUUGACAAGUUAUCAGGUGAAAUUACGUGCCAUUUGCUACGAAGGUUAUUUUUAUCUGCAUUUGAUAGAUUGAAGGGGAUGAAUCUGGCACAUACCCAUUUCACCCUGGUUAUGCACAUACCUUACAUUUUAAUCAAAGACAAAGUGGAAAAAUGUGGCACUUAAUUCAACUUCAACGUACGUACAGAAUUAGUAGUGUAGGAGAACACAUGAAUUUAGUUUUUGAAGACUUCUGUAUUUCUUCAAGUUUCCUCAAGUAAGUAUACAUUGGAUAAGCCUGUCCACAUGUAUAUUGGUACUGUGUUAGGGGGUUGUUCCACCAAUUCGGUGCCUUUUUGAGAAGUGUUUCUUGAUUUCACCUAAUUUAAACAUUCUGUCAUCAAGAGCACAUUCAUGUUCAACGUUUUCCCAUCUCAAGAUGGGGAAAAAAUACUAUAGUAAGUGCCAAAUAAAGUAACGGUUGUUCAGACUGUAACAGGGUUGGCGACGUAAUCUUAGAUCAUCCAUAAAUCCCCUUGUGACAUAGGGAAUAGAAGUUUGUGUGCAACAGGGAGUGGUAAUUGAAGCCUAUCUAUGGGUAACAGAGUUGACGUGUUAUGCUCGACCCACUCUGUUUUCCGAUUUGACUAUUAGAUACAUUUUUCAAAAGGAAUAGUUUCAAAGAAACAAAAUGAUGGGGAAACUGAAGUCAUUUUAGGGUUAAAUGGGAUCAAAUCUUCCUAGAGGACUUUGGCAAGUAUUUAUUCUAUAAAAAAAUCUGAUUUAUUGUAUUCUCCAUGUUUAUUAAAUGGCACUUCCUUUUAAUAUAACAUGCUUUUCAAAUUCUGUAUUGGUGCACAAUUUCUACUUAAUAAAUCAGAGGGAUGCGAAAAACACUUUGGGAACAACCCUCGGACAUUUUAGGAAAGGCCAAAAUUAAUUUUGUUAUUUUUUUUUGCCUAUAUCAAUCGGUGGCUAGAAAGGGAUCUACUUAUACUUCUGGAGUGUAUUUGUUUUUUCUUUUCAUCCUUAAACUCAUUACAAAAUCUCUAUGGCAACAUUCUUUCUAAAUGCAUUCCUGUUUUUUUUGUUUAAACUAUGGUUCGAAACAACAUUUUUUGUAUUGUCUAGAAAUAUGAUUUGAAUCAUGUGGGUCUGCCUCACUUGUUUUACUAUUGUUUUAUUAAAUUAUAUGUUUUAAAUGUAUCAUCUGACAUGUAAAAACAUAUAUAGUGACUAUAAAUAAAAUUGCACAGUUUGAGAUUUUCUAAA